UCCAAAGUCCAAACAAAGGAGCCAUGGCUUCACCAGCACAGGGACAGGGCGGUACUACUUUUUCUUCCACACAAACCCAAACUCUUCCACUGCAAGACAGGGUGGCUAUAGUGACUGGCUCCUCACGUGGAAUCGGUCGUCAAAUCGCCCUCCACCUCUCUUCACUCGGAGCCCGACUCGUACUCAACUACUCCUCUUCCAACUCCUCCCCAGCCGACUCACUCGCCGCCCAAAUCAACGCUACCUCCGCCUCCUCUGCGCUCCCGCAAGCCAUCGUAGUCCGCGCUGACAUCUCCGACCCCACUCAGGUCCGGCACCUCUUCGACUCCGCCGAGAACGCCUUCAACUCGCCGGUUCACAUCCUCGUCAACUCCGCCGGAACCCUAGAUCCCAAGCAGCCCUCCAUCGCCGACACCUCCGACGAGAGCUUCGACCAUGUCUUCGCCGUGAACGCCAGGGGCGCCUUCCUGUGCGCGCGGGAGGCGGCGAACCGGCUGAAGCGCGGCGGCGGGGGGCGGAUCAUACUGUUGUCUUCGUCGCAGGUGGCGGCACUAAGGCCGGGGUUCGGCGCGUACACGGCGUCAAAGGCGGCAGUGGAGGCGAUGACGAAGAUCCUGGCGAAGGAGCUGAAGGGGACGGGGAUCACCGCGAAUUGCGUGACGCCGGGGCCGAUCACGACGGAGUUGUUCUUCAGUAGCAGGACGGAGGAGCAGGUUCAGAAGCUGAUUGAGGAGUCGCCGAUGCAGAGACUUGGGGAGACCAAGGAUGUGGCUCCUCUGGUUGGGUUUCUUGCCUCUGAUGCUGGCGAAUGGGUCAACGGUCAGGUUAUUCGAGUCAACGGCGGUUACGUGUAAAACGGUUAUGGCUUUGGUCCUUAUGAUGACAGUUACGGUUUGUUAUAGUUAGUUAUCAGUCCGUUAUGCUGACCUGUCAAUUUCAAUUGUUCUGUUGCUCUGUCAAGUGAAAACUUAAGGUAUAUGGAUUUUGUAUGAUGUUAUUUACACCAGCACUUAAUUGA